AUGAACAAAGACGACUGGAAGUGGCAUUUUUAUGACACUGUCAAAGGGAGCGAUUGGUUGGGCGACCAAAAUGCAAUACAUUAUUUAACGAAAGAUGCUGUACGAGCAGUAACCGAACUGGAAAAUCAUGGGAUGCCAUUUUCGAGAACAGCCGAAGGGAAAAUCUAUCAGCGAUCGUUCGGUGGUCAAAGCAACGAUUACGGGAAAGGCGGAGUUGCUAAACGUACAUGUGCGGUAGCUGAUCGUACAGGACAUUCGAUGCUUCACACUCUUUACGGUGCAUCUUUGCAAUACGGUUGCCACUAUUACAUUGAAUUUUUUGCACUUGAUCUUAUCAUGGAUAAAGGAAGAUGCGUGGGUGUCACUGCAAUGAAUCUUGAGGAUGGAACCAUUCAUCGAUUCCGUGCCAAAUUCACAGUGCUGGCCACUGGCGGCUUUGGUCGGGCUUACUUUAGCUGUACCACCGCACACAGCACUACCGGUGAUGGAACUGGAAUGGCUAUUCGUGCCGGCCUACAAACCACCGAUAUGGAAUUUAUCCAGUUUCACCCGACUGGAAUUUACGGCGUCGGCUGCCUGAUUACCGAAGGAUCUCGAGGUGAAGGUGGAUAUUUGGUAAACAAUAAAGGCGAACGUUUCAUGAAAAAGUAUGCACCGAAAGCAUUGGAUUUAGCAUCCAGAGACGUUGUUUCAAGAGCAAUGACUGUUGAAAUUUUGGAAGGGAUUUUGGAGACAGCCAAAAUUUUUGCCGGCGUUGAUGCGACAAAAGAGCCAAUUCCUGUGAUUCCAACAGUGCAUUACAACAUGGGCGGAAUACCAACCGACUAUAAAGGACAAGUUCUGAUAUACUCGAAAGAAAGAGGUGAUCAGGAAACUGAAGCAGCUGAUAAUCCCUGGAUCGGCAAAAGAUUAGGAAAUUUUCAGCUGAUACCGGGAUUAUUUGCAUGCGGAGAAACAGCUGCGCAUUCAGUACAUGGCGCUAAUCGACUCGGUGCAAAUUCCCUUCUCGAUACUGUUGUUUUUGGAAGAGCAUGCGCGAAUAAGUAA